AAUUCGCUCUGCGCGUCGCGGUCAGGGGCUCAUUUCCCCAUUUCGCCCCAGGAGAGGAGCGAGAGGCGCCGGAGAGAGAGAGAGAGAGAGGAGAUGCGGGAGGAGGUCAGGAGCUCGUCGGGGGCGGCGGCCGAGCCGCAGUUCGCCGUCGUCCGCUCGUCGUCGCCGCCGCCCACCCCGGUCGCCAGUUCUGCUGGUGCCUCAUCACCUGCUAUGCAAAUUAAUAUAGUAAGCAUAGAUUGGUUGGGUAGCAGACAAGCUUCCAGGGUUGAUUCCUCGUCACAUGUUGCACCACAUGCCUAUGGGCCUGCUCAUAGCUUUGAUGCUGCUGGAACUGCUUUGGAUUCUGCACCAUCUUGUAGACCAUGGGAGCGUGGAGACUUACUUCGUCGACUGGCAACAUUCAAACCUUCAACUUGGGAUGCUAAGCCGAAGGCUGCCAGUUCAUUGGUUUGUGCUCAAAGAGGCUGGGUAAAUGUUGACAUGGACAAAAUUGAAUGUGAAUCAUGUGGUGCGCAUCUUUUAUUCAGUGCAGUGGCAUCCUGGUCCCCAACUGAAGUUACAAAUGCUGGAGAAGCCUUUGCGGGGCAGCUUGAUGCAUCACACAAGAAUAGCUGUCCCUGGAGGGGCAAUAGCUGUGCUGAUAACUUGGUUCAGCUCCACCUUACACAGUCAGCGCUUAUUGGAGGUUUUAAAGAUCGAUGUGAUGGACUUCUACAGUUUCUCUCUCUUCCUGUGAUUGCUCCAUCUGCAAUUGAGAACAUGAGGUUGACAAGGGCUGCUCAGAUUAACCGCCUAUUAACCCAAUCGAUUAGCUUCUUAUCUGGGGAGCUGGGUUACAAAGCUGAGAAUACACCAGGAGUUGACAUCCAUCAAGGUUCAUCUUGUGGCUACUCAAGAGCGCAGAAGCUUAUAAGUCUUUGUGGAUGGGAGCCUAGGUGGCUUCCAAAUGUUCAGGACUGUGAAGAAAAUUCAACCCACUCAGCUAAAAAUGCACUUUCAAAUGAACCAGAUGAAAUGUUCUAUUCCCCCCUUGUUGAACAUCAGAAAAGUUCAUUCUCUGCAUCAGCCAAGAAAGAUAAAGGAAAAGGCAAAAGGCCCCUCAAAGAUUCGGGGUGCAGCAUGAGCUCACCUUUAUUAGAUUGUAGCCUGUGUGGAGCUACAGUUAGGAUCUGGGACUUCAGAUCUGUGUCACGUCCUAAUCGUAUUAGUCCAAAUAACACUGAUGCACCAGAAACAGGCAAAAAGCUAACACUGACACGUGGAAUUAGCGCAGCCAGUGGGAUCAACGGAUGGGUUAAUGAUGGGGCGGUAAGAGAUCAAGCUGAAGGACGUGAUGAAGCAGCAACUUAUGAGGGGAAAUUAGUAUCAAAUGCUGGAGUAGACCUUAAUCUAUCGAUGGCUGGAGGACUACCGCCACUUCAUUCUUCAAUGGCUGUUGCAUCUGAGUGUUGUAAUGGAGGGAUGGGAAGAGAUCUGAUGAUUGCGCAGCCCGCUGGAAGUGAAGUUGGUGAUCGUGCAACAUCAUAUGAGUCCCGGGGUCCAAGCUCGCGGAAGCGUAACCUUGAGGAAGGUGGGAGCACAGCUGACAAGCCACAAGACGGGGUUCGACAUGCUGACAGCAUAGAAGGAACUGUCAUUGAUCGUGAUGGUGAAGAAGUUGACGAUGACGUUCAAGAUUCAGACACCAAGAAUAAAAAACCGCGCGGAUUCAACUUUUUUGAUGCCAAUCUUCCAUCUUCUUCUGGAGCUGGUCCUAGUAGAAACUUGGGCUUUGACUUGGAUGUGGAUAUUAGUAUGUUCGGUCACUCUAGAGCUGUUGGUCUAGCUCCUGUUGAGCAUCCGUCUGCUAGAGAUUCUAUGAGGGCCUCUUCUGUUAUCGCAAUGGAUGUUCGCAGCGCUGACGAAGAUUCGAUGGAGAGUGUUGAGUAUCAUCCAGAUGCUGGUAUAGAUAUUAAUAUGCCUUCAUCUAGUGGACACAGGAAUAUUGAAAUGAAUGAUGCCUUUGAUCUCAACGAUAGCAACCAAGCACAGCAAAGUGCUUGUGCACAACCUGCUGCUGGAAGUGACGGAAGGGAGAUAGGAGGAAGCAGUACUAAUGAAGGGGAGGAAGUCCUUAAUGCAGGCACAACUCCUGCUUUUGCAAGGGAUCAGCUUAGCUUAGGAAUUAGUGGUGGAAGUGUUGGCAUGGGUGCUAGUGACGAGGCUGAAAUUCAUGGCAUUGAUGUAUCUGUGCAAAGAACCGAGAGUGGUGUAGGUGAUGCAGAACCUAUUACUGACCUUACUGAGACAAUGGGCCAUACCGGUGAAUCAGUUCCAGGGCCUGGAUUGAUGGAUGAGUUUGUACCUGAAGAAGUUGAUCGGGAAGAACCUCAUGGAGACAGCCAAGAUAUUGUGUUCCGUUCAGCAGGCCGUGCUGACAGUGGAUCAAAAUAUUUUGGUUCUAAUAAAGCUGAUUCUGGUGAGAGUGGAAAAAAGAUAGGACAUGCCAUUGGUCAUGAAAGCAGCAUGCAUCCUUCUCUCUCUUGCAAUGCUGGGGUGUAUGCCGGCUUCGAUGCAUCUAAAGAGGAAGUGACACAGGCUGGCAAAGCAGUGACUACUGAUGAUCAAGGCUUGCAAUAUGAUCUGCGGAAUGGAUUAGGAGCAACAAAUGGAGAAAAUGACUAUGAACCAGGUCUUCCAGAUUUUGAUCCUGUUAAGCAUCACAACAGUUACUGCCCAUGGGUCAAUGGAAUUGUUGCAGCCGCUUGCUGUUAUGAUACUAGUUCCAGCUCAGGCAGUUCAGAACUUUCUGGCUGGCAGCUAACUGUUGAUGCACUUGAUACAUUCCAGUCUCUUGGUCAAUCUCAGAAUCAAACUAUGCGGUCUGAAUCUGCGGCCUCGCUAAACAUGGAUGAUCAAGCAGCUUCUAACCGCAAACUGGCUAGGAGGACUUCGGUGAACAAAAGCCAUGGGAAAUGUUGAGUGAAGCUUCUUCCUACCCAGCCAGCUCGUUUCGUCCACCUGCUUCUCAAACAUGCAUAGCAUUCGGCCAAGGUCCAGAUUGGCGCAUCCGGGUGCUUGUUUACGUGCAGUGCUGCUGCCUGCUGUACCCUUCCAAAAUUAGGUCUGGCAUCGGACGAAGAAACCAGUUAAUAAUCCAUUUGAGCUAGUCUGUAGAUUGUUGUCGCCUAUGGUCUCUGGCAAUUCGAUACAUGUUGUUCCAGUGAUUUUACUGCGUUUAUAUCUGAAAGAGUCGAUUCAAAUCGCCGUCCCUUGUUCCAAAAGGAACAUUUGCAGAAUUUUGCAAGUGAAUUGAUUGUUGUUCGCCCCCAGUUUAAACUUGUAAGACACUGUUUAUAUUCUUGGGAAAGGCCUGACACCUAGUUCGAAGGAACAUAUAUAUUUUGUGCGAGUCACCCUUGACCUUGAGAAUAAAGAAUUUAGCUCGAA